AUGAGGAAUUAAUCUAAUUUAUUGAAUAAUUCAAUUAUAUUAGCUGAUAUUAUUUACUACCUUCAAGAUUAAGCAACAUAUUAUACUGCAAUUUACACUGGUUUAAAGACUCUAUUCAGUAAUUAAUAUAGUAAUGAAAUAUUUGAAAAAAACAUUAUCAUAUUACUUUUAAAUUAACUUACUUCAUCUUAAAAUCUUAAAGAAUAUGAUUAAUAUCAAUUAGAUAAAUAUUAAUUCUUCUUAAUCUUAAAUAUAAGAUUUGUUAACUAUUAAAAAUGGGUAUGA